AGGGACAGAGCUGCUCCCAGCCAGCUGGGCACUGAGCUCUCGCUUUCCUCACUUUCUCAGUACAGGCUUGGGACACUAUGAGUCUCUGGAACACUCCGGCCAGGGACUUGGACAGGUACAUUGAGAUGUAUCUCUUGCCUGACACCACUUUCCGGACAGAGGUGCGAAGUGCCGUCGACACGAUCUCCUCUUUCCUAAAGAACAGGUGUUUCCGAGACACAGGGAAGUCAGUUCGGGUGACCAAGGUUGUAAAGGGAGGUUCUUCUGGCAAAGGCACAGCCUUGAGAGGCUGCUCCGACGCAGACCUGAUAGUAUUUCUCAGCGAUUUCAAAAGCUAUCAGGACCAGAUAAAUCGCCGAAAAGAGUUCAUUGGGGAAAUCAAGAAACGUUUGGAAGAAUGUGAACGUGACCAAGAUAGAAUGUUUAAAGUAAAAAUUGAAGUCAACAGGCGGGAUAACCCUCGAGGGCUCAGCUUCAGGAUGAAAUCGAAAAAGAUCGAUCAUUGGGUAGACUUUGAUGUGCUUCCAGCCUUUGAUGUUCUAGGCGAGGUGACCAAAGACUUCACACCUAACCCCCAGGUCUACAUCAAACUUUUGGGGGAAUCCUGUAAUGGGGGAGAAUUCUCCACUUGCUUCACAGAGCUCCAGAAGUUCUUCCUCAAACAGCGCUGCACCAAGCUCAAAAGUCUGAUCCGAUUGGUGAAACACUGGUAUAAAAUGUGCAAGGACAAAAUGGACCAGCUCCCCCCUCAGUAUGCGUUAGAGCUCCUGACUGUCUAUGCCUGGGAGCAUGGGAGCAAGGAAACUGAUUUCAACACAGCUCAGGGCUUCCAGACAGUCCUGUACUUGAUCCAGAAUUACCGAAAGCUCAUGGUCUACUGGACCAUCAACUAUGACUUUCAGAAUGUGAUCAUUGGAGAGUACCUGAAAUCACAGCUGAAAAAACCCAGGCCAGUGAUCCUGGACCCGGCUGACCCAACUGGUGAUGUAGGGGGUGGAAGUCGUGAAAGUCGACGGUGCUGGGACAAGCUGGCACAAGAAGCUUACCGAUGGUCAUCUGCCCCAUGUCUUCAAAACUGGGAUGGGAGCCGUGUGCAGCCAUGGAAUGUGCCGGUGGAGCAGACACUGGAAGGAAGGAAAGGCUGUCCCUGAACCAGUUACUAAUAAGAGGCCUUCUUCAUUCGAGAUCCUGUGUUACUGCCUCUGUGCUAUUGUUACUUCCAAAGAAACUCUCCUACCCAAGAAGAGUCUAACUGCACAAUUCUCUGAGUCUGUUCCCCCUACCCCCUGGCUCUUGGUGACCUCAGAGGGAGAACAGGAUCUAUUGGAUGAGAGGGCUACCAACGUCCUUCCCAACUCUCAAAUUCUUUAAUUCCAAGAAAAUUAGAGGCAGGUGUGGGUCAGUGAGUGCUAUAGUUUUAUGAGAAACAUGUAGUGAUGUCUUUAUAGGGAUAAUAUCUAUAAGUGAACUAGGUUGGGUUGAGCCAAACAGAACAGGGGUUCUACUAACUCUGGAUAUGGGAUGCUCUAAUCCUGUAACCCCUAUGCUAUGGUGCAGCUAGAAAUUCAAGCCACCUCUGAUUUCUCCCAUCUAUAUCUCAUUUGUAUGUAGUGAUUAGCAUGUUGGCUCCCCUUGAGAGAAAUGAUUAUUUCUUUAUUGUAUUAAUAACUAAUUAUUGAAUCAGGACAAAGGUUUUUCUCCUUUGAAACAUCCUCAAUCAGAAAUCAACCAGUGUGGGAAAUCUUUCUCAAAGACUUACCCAGGAAAAGGAAUUCUAGGUUUAGGUAAAGGAUGGAUUUCUGCUCAUUGGGUUUACUCAGGCAGGUCUGGGAAAAUAUGGAUUCUUCCUUUUGUCAAACAGGUGAUAUGGAAACUGGUAAGUCCAAGUCCCCCAAGACCCUCAUUGUAAUAUAGCCCACUUUCAUUCUAAUAUUCAUUCUCAUUAAUUGUUAUCCAGAGUUGAUUGCCACCCUUAGGAUAUGCCCUUUAUAUGCCCUUCCAAGGGCAUAUAAACUGUGAGCCCACUGCCAUCAGGGGUCUUUGGCAUUUGAGAGUACCACUGAUCUCUUUUAUAAAUAACAUGCUAGCCUUAUUAAUAAAACAACUAAGUACCCAACAGUUUAAUAGACUGUAGGCUCUAUGAGAUGAGAAACUGUCUUUUUCUUUCAUGUUUUUAUUUCCAGCAUUUAGUACAGUGCCUGGCAUAUAGUAAGGGAUUAAUAAAAGAUUGUUAAUAUGGGAUCUAGGAAAUAGUAUUAGAUAGUAGACAACUAGAAUACAACAGUGUUUUUGUUUCAAGCAUGAUAUGAAAUCUUUGCACUGAUAAUAUGGCACCUGGAGGCCAAACAGCAUGAAAAAAGGUGCCCAGUGAGGAUACUUCACCCUUUAUGCACUGGCCCUGCAGAUUCAGAUGCAUCUCCAUGAGGAGCAGGUGUCAAGGGGAAAUUGGGCACUUCCUGGAACACAGCCUGUAGCUUUGAUCUGUAUGUGCCAACUGUAUGCUUACUAACUAAGCUGUGCCAAUCAGCAUGUAUCCUUGAUCUGUAUUGCCAAUUGUAUAUGUAUUAACUAAAUAAAGUUGACUUUUUUUCUCCA